AUGCCGCCCAAGCGCAAGACGCCGCCAGCUCCCAUGUCGCCACCAGCGGCACGUUCUGCACCAGCCGAGCGGGAUCGGAGCGAGCAAACACGCGCGCCCCACCAGCUACGCGAUACAGACCACUCACGUCGCCCGUCCUAUUCCCAUGACGCGACUCCCGGUCCAUCCACCGUCCCCUUUCGCAGCUUCCCCGAGGUCCGCGACGAGCGCGAGUACUGGGUCGACGGGCCCUGGGGAUGGGACACGCCAGCCGCGGGCCCCAGCAGCAACAGCAACGACCGGGGCGACCGCAGCAGUCCGGGCCCGUCGGCGCUGGAACUGCUCUAUCGCUGGCUGGAGAUUCCCGGCAACUGGCGCCGGUUCCACGAAGCGGCUAAUGGCGACGAGCGGAAGGAGGCGACACACGCGUGUAGCGACUGGCUGCGAGAGAACGGGAGUCCCGUGCAGAAGAGCUGGAUCGAUUGCGAGGUCAAGCUUAUUGACGUCUACCGCCUCUACAACGUGGCACGAGAGGAAGAGCUGGCGACGGGGUUUGCGGAUGACGGGCGUCCACGCCUCGGAUCGCUCAUCCUCAGCGCAGAGGUGUCGGCAAAGGACAAGGAUGACAAGGCCAAGCACUACUCGUCGGGCCUGCUGUCCCAUGUGGGAGCCCAGCUGAACAAGAUAUGCGGGGGACUCGACUACCAGCGCCUCAAGGCCGUCUUUGAGGAGGGAACGGCCAAUGGCAACCCCCACAUCCAAGCCCAUCCAUCACAUGCAGGCCACCGCGGCGCAAGCAUCGACAGCAGCCGCGAACGCAUGCUGGGCGUGUUCGCCGAUGCCGACCGGCUGCCAGAACGAAACGGCAGCAGGGGCGGCACCCCCGUCCCGGGCCCCGGCGACCGCUUCGACGACGUGGACAUGCACAUGUUACACGCCCCGCGGAACGGCUACGACCCGAUCGAGGACGAGGCGCGCGACGCCGCGCUGGCCGCGUACCGCAGUACAAAGGCGCGGUUGGUACGUGAGCAAGAAAUGGUGCGCGAGCGACAGCUCUCGGCCGACGAGCUGCGGCACCGGGCCAUCAUGGACCUGGCCAAACUGGCGCACGAGAUGGAUCCGACUCUGCGGCCGAUCGUGGCGUAUCGCACGGCGUUGACCAUGUACAUGGCGCACAGGCAGACGCUGGGGGAGUGA